CCAGUAAAGAUAGAAAUUCUAAAUAUAGCCAUUUGACCUAAUUUCGCCCAAAAACGAAAUCAUGAAGGUGUGAUGGAAAAUUUUCUGGCUGAUGCACGAGUUAUUUCUGUGUCGUCUGGUUCUAUUGAUUCUAAGUGAAACUCUGAUUCCACAACACACAGAUAUGAGCAUACAAGUCUAAUAUAGACCGACUACAAUCAAUGAGUUCACAAUGGCGGUCACACUGAAUUCUGGUGUGGUUAUGCCUCUUAUUGGAUUUGGAACAUUCAAAAUCAGAGGAAAAGAACUAGUGUACAGUGUCCUGGAUUCUGCCCUCGCAGCAGGUUACCGUUCUAUAGAUACAGCUUCUGUGUACAGAAAUGAAGGAGACAUUGGAGAGAGCCUAAAGGAACUCCUACCCAAAUAUGGGUUAAAGAGACAGGACGUUUUCAUCACCAGUAAACUAGGUCCUAAGAACCAGGGGUGUGGUCGGUGUAGAGAAAGUUGUCUCCAGUCCCUCCACAGCCUCCAGUGUGACUACCUUGACCUUUACCUUAUACACUGGCCAGGGACACAGGGUAUGCAGCCUUGUGAUGCCCGCCACCGCGACCUUCGCUUACAGAGCUGGGGUGAAAUGGUCGCACUGCAGAAGGAAGGGAAACUUAAAUCGAUAGGUGUAUCAAAUUUUCUACAACAUCACAUUGAGGAUGUCAUAGACACAACAAAGCACACACCAGCUGUACUUCAGAUUGAGUAUCAUCCGCACCUAGUACAAAGAAGAUUGGUGGACUUCUGUAGAAGUAAAGGAAUUCACUUCCAGGCAUAUUCUUCCCUAGGUACCACAACUGACAGCAAUACGCUGCUGACAGACUCUGUAGUGUGUAAGAUCGCGAAACAACGAGGAGUGUCACCUGCUCGUGUUCUUCUCCGCUGGGCUGUGCAACAAGGUAUAGGUGUAAUUCCAAAGUCUACUAAUUCAGACCAUAUUAGAGACAACAUGGACAUCUUCUCCUUCUCUCUAAGUGACCAAGAAAUGGUCAGUCUUAACCAACUGGACACUCAAUCCCAUCUUUGCUGGAACCCAAGUCAGGUGUUAUGACACAGACUUUUGAAUUUAUCUUUUUAAAAAGCCGAUGUCAGAGGACCACAUCUGGGGUAUUACUGUUGAUAUUUAUGUAAACAUUAAAAUGCUAACAAAAAUGUUUGUGCUGUAUUUGAACCGUCUCACUUGUAAAUUGGAAAGAAUCGUAAAAAUCAGGAAGUUCUAAGACGAUAUUACUGGUUCCUCUGUCACGAGGUAGGAAGACAAUAUUACUGGUUCCUCUGUCACGAGAUAGGAAGAAGAUAUUACUGGUUCCUCUGUCACGAGGUAAGAAGACGAUAUUACUGGUUACGACGUAGGAAGACGAUAUUACUGGUUCCUCUGCCACGAGGUAGGAAGAUAUUACUGGUUACGACGUAGGAAGACGAUAUUACUGGUUCCUCUGUCACGAGGUAGGAAGACGAUACUACUGGUUCCUCUGUCACGAGAGAGGAAGACGAUACUACUGGUUCCUCUGUCACGAGGUAGGAAGACGAUAUUACUGGUUCCUCUGUCACGAGGUAGGAAGACGAUAUUACUGGUUCCUCUGCCACGAGGUAGGAAGACGAUAUUACUGGUUCCUCUGCCACGAGGUAGGAAGACGAUAUUACUGGUUCCUCUGCCACGAGGUAGGAAGACGAUAUUACUGGUUCCUCUGUCACGAGGUAGGAAGACGAUACUACUGGUUCCUCUGUCACGAGGUAGGAAGACGAUAUUACUGGUUCCUCUGUCAUGAGGUAGGAAGAUCAUAACAUGUUACCAUAACACCAAUGUUCAUCAGUGAAACAAUGAUAAGCAAAUAGUCGGAGAGGGAAAAUCUGUAACCAACCAACAUUACCUUGAUAAAAGCUUACUAUUUGUGGAAACUAUGAUAUCUGUGGGUGGGCUUAUUACCAGGCAUGGGCUUAUUGAAGAAUAGAUAUAAAUGAGAUAUUUAAGACUUUUUCUAAUGAAAUUAAAUACGUUUUACACAA